GACAGGUGACAGUUUAAUACCGCACAUUUUCAUAACUUUGGUAAAAAAUUAAUAAUAAAAAUAUAAAUAUUACAAAAAUGAAAUUCAAAACAUAGUUUUUGUUAAUUAAAUAAAUAAUAAAUAUAUAAAACAAAGAACUUGUGAGUGUUCCUAAACACUUGCCAAUUCUGUUCAAGUCCGUAUCUUAUAUGCUGUAUAUCUCCACUUAUUGGAGUCAAACAUCCUUUAAGAAAAGGCCAAAAAUCAUCCCCAAACUAACACAAUGCUGCCGAACAGACUACUCCAAACGUUUCGCCUGAUUCGUGUCGAUAACUGGGCACCAUUGUUAUCAACUGUCAACUGCUCCUGGGCCCAGAGCAGUAGUUUUUUCUCAUGGCCAAUUUUAAGGUCGAAAGUAUUCCACGACAAUGAGAAUCAUCAUGCCCACGAAGUUCUGGUAAAUACAAUCAAAAGUUUUCCAAUUUUUCAGCCAAUCUCAGCAAAUUCCUUCAGUUCCCCAAUGGGAAAUCUCCCAGAGACCAUCCUAAAUCCUCGACUUUGCAAUAAAUCUGAUCCCGAUCGAAUUGUUGAGGAUUUCAAAAGUCUCAUGUUGUAUUGCCACAAAAAAGAAGUGUGCAUAUCAGAAGACACCUUUGACGAGUUCGUGGACUUGUUUUGCUCAGAAUGCCACAAGUUCUCCGAUGAACAAAUCAUCGAUUGCCUCGCCUAUUUGCGAAUUCAUCCCUCCACAACGUCCACUCGAACGAAGAACUACUGUGAAAUCUGGAACGAGCUCGAUAAAGUCUGUGUGAGUCGCAUCGACCAGUGGAAAAUGAAAGAACUCCUGCACAUUUCAGACGCGUGGUAUCAACUUGGUGUGGCGAGGAUAAGUAAAUUCGUGCUACUAGCCCUCCGCAAAAUAGGACGGAAAGUAUCGAAAAUGUCCCGCGACGAGAUGAUCCAUUCAAUGUUUUUCUGCAAUAUCGUGCGUCGUCCAAUUAUCGAGAUGUUCGACUAUGAAGUCAACUUCAAUAAGCUCAUUGAUGGCAUGAGCAUCGAUGAGGUUGGUGUGAUGUCGAUGGGAUUCUUCAAGACACAAACUCCCAUACGAAAUCCAGAACUGAUAGAUAAGAUUAUACGCAAGACAAUAGGUUCAGUGGAUACUGUGAAGGACAUAACGCUGGUGGCAAUCCUAAAAAUUCUUCGAUAUUCCUCCAAACUACCCCAAGUUGACUUGUUGACCGAACUGCUGGACAGUCUUGUUCCUCAAGUCGGACGAAUAUCCCUUCUCAGCUGUUUGCAUGUUGCUCUGUUGGGAAGUGACAUUCAGACGUGUCACGAGGAGAUAGUCGAACUCAUUGUCAAACGCUUCCUUAGAGAAUUAGAUUCGACGCGACUCAAAGACAUGGAAAGGAUAUGUCAUGUGAUAUCAUUGUACAACUUCAAAAGUUCCGAUGGCUCCGAACUCGAGCUCUGUUCGAAAAUCAUACAAAAAGUCAAAGAGAAUGUAGAUGAGUGUGUCCGAUACCCACGGUGCUUCUCAAACCUCGUCCACUACCUCACGCUGUGUGGUUUCCAUGAUGAAGAGCUCAUUAGUUCUGUGCUGGAUGUUAAGUUCAUCAAACACGCAUACGACACAAACAUACGACUUGGCAGGGAAUUAUUCUGUUUGGAUGGAUUUGCAAAGAUAAACCUGAAGGACACUUACAAGGGUAAUCAACUGCCGGAUAAAUACCGCAAGACAAUGGGACGUCUGAUGACCCACUACGUACCACAGAGAAAUUCAAAGUUUAAGCUCAGCACGACCGAUCGGAUUUUGUUGGAAAUAAAAGAGGCAACUGAUGGUCUUAUGAAAACGAGCACCUUUAAGCAUAUUUUGCCGCACUUCGAACGUCCUGAUGUGGUUCUAUGCUAUGACACAGUCAAAAAGAAAGCGAUUCCACUGUCUCCUAAUUGUCCAGAGGAUUAUAUCGGUGCGAUUUUGACUAGGGAAGACAUGUUGGGAGAUCUAUCGGGUGAUUCAAAUCUUGUAACCGUGGCGAUAUCUGUCGGUGGUUGGAAUAACGCAGUUCGGGACAAGAACAGGCCCACUGGAUCCUUUCAAAUGAAAUUGAAGCAAUUGGAUCUACUGGGACACAAACCAUGUGUAAUAUAUUGGCAUGAAUGGCGCCUGCUGGAAAACCACAGAGACCGUCAACACUACAUGAAACGUAAAUUGUCAGCGGUUUGUUGUUAACAGUUAAGAAAAUAAAAAGGAAAAAAGUUCUUAAAAAAUAUGAAA